AUGGCUUCUGUACUGAACAAUUCACGCUCAGAUACGCUAUUUCUCGGUGGCGAGAAAGUCAGCGGGGAUGAUAUCAGAAACCAGAAUGUUCUGGCAGCUCUAGCAGUUGCAAAUGUGGUGAAGACAUCGCUAGGACCUGUGGGAUUAGAUAAAAUGUUGGUUGACGAUAUUGGUGACUUUACAGUGACUAAUGAUGGGGCUACAAUUUUGUCUCUACUAGACGUCCAACAUCCAGCAGGUAAAAUUUUGGUAGAACUGGCCCAGCAGCAAGACCGUGAAAUCGGAGAUGGAACCACAAGUGUGGUCAUCAUCGCAUCUGAAUUGCUAAAAAGAGCCAAUUCUCUGGUGAAAAACAAAAUUCAUCCAACAACUAUCAUCACAGGUUUCCGUGUGGCUCUCAGAGAGGCUAUCAGAUACAUCAACGAGGUCUUGUCGAUGAGCGUAGAAUCUUUGGGUAAAGAGUCCCUCGUGAACAUCGCGAAAACCAGUAUGUCGUCUAAGAUCAUAGGAUCCGACUCGGAUUUUUUCGGUAACAUGGUCGUGGACGCCCUUCUAGCCGUCAAGACUCAGAAUUCCAAAGGUGAAAUCAAAUAUCCAGUCAAGGCAGUCAAUAUUCUUAAGGCUCACGGGAAAUCAGCCCGUGAAUCGGUCCUAGUGCAGGGCUACGCACUCAACUGUACGGUUGCGUCUCAGGCCAUGCCAAAACGUCUUGCUGGAGGCAACGUGAAGAUUGCGUGUCUGGACAUUAACUUGCAAAAAGCUAGGAUGGCCAUGGGCGUUCAGAUCAACAUAACAGACCCUGACCAACUCGAAGAAAUUCGCAAACGUGAAGCUGGCAUUGUUUUGGAAAAAGUGAAAAAGAUUAUAGCUGCAGGCGCCAAUGUGGUGCUCACCACGAAGGGAAUCGACGAUCUUUGCUUGAAAGAGUUUGUGGAGGCCAACGUGAUGGCAGUCAGACGGUGCAAGAAAGAGGAUCUUAGAAGAAUCGCUAGAGCUACUGGUGCUACGUUGAUUAGUUCCAUGUCGAAUUUGGAAGGUGAUGAGAUCUUUGAAGCCGCCUCUCUGGGUUCGUGCCAAGAAGUAUCCCAGGUGAGAUUUUCUGAUGACGAAUGUAUUUUGGUGAAGGGCACGUCCAAGCACUCUUCGUCUUCUAUUGUGCUGCGUGGUGCUAAUGACUACUCUUUGGACGAAAUGGAGCGUUCCAUUCACGACUCCCUGUCUGUUGUGAAGAGAACCCUGGAGAGUGGAAAUGUCGUUCCUGGUGGUGGUUGCGUGGAAGCUGCGCUGAAUAUAUAUCUCGACAAUUUCGCCACAACCGUCGGAUCGCGCGAGCAGCUGGCUAUUGCCGAGUUUGCAGCAGCUUUGCUUGUUAUUCCAAAGACACUGGCCGUCAACGCCGCGAAGGACUCGAGCGAAUUGAUUGCCAAGCUGCGGUCCUACCAUGCAGCAAGCCAGCAGGCACAGCUGGAACAUGUCAAGAGAAGAAACUACCGCAACUACGGGCUGGAUUUGAUUCGUGGCAAAGUUGUGGACGAGGUGCAAUCUGGUGUUUUGGAGCCCACCAUCAGCAAAGUGAAAUCGUUAAAAUCCGCGCUCGAGGCGUGCAUUGCGAUUUUGAGAAUCGACACCAUGAUCACAGUGGACCCUGAGCCACCCAAGGAGGAUCCUCACGGCCACCAUUGA